AUGGCGUGACAGCGAACUUCACGAACAUAUGCUAUGUAACGUGUAUAGUACGUAACAAUUAUUCGUGCAGUUAGCGAUAUAAAAUAAAUUGUUACAAUUAUUUUUGGAUUAUUUUAGGCUUUAUUGCUGGCUGCUUUAUACAUUCUAGUGAUAUUGCAGUGAUUCCACAAUCGAUUGAUUAACAUUUCUGUUUUAUUUAAUACAAGUUAACAAUACAAUGUUAUUUGUGAAGAAUUUAAUUUUAUUAAAUCUAUUAAAUCUAUUGCUCAUAUGUUUUGUCUUCGGCAGUCCCGAAGAAGAGCAAGGCGUGAAGUACGCCGAUCAUUGUGAAGUGUGUAAAGUUUUAGCUAUGGAGCUUGAAGCUAGACUGGAUGAAACUGGAAGAACACAUGAUGUUAUAGAGCUUGGAUAUGCAUUGGAUGAUGUCGCACCAAAAAAAAAAAAAGAAUAUAAGAAGUCAGAACUGCGUCUAGUGGAAUCUAUGGAAAAUAUUUGUGAUCGUAUAUUGGAUUAUAAUAUACACAAAGAACGUACAGAUAGUACAAGAUUUGCAAAAGGAAUGAGUCAAACAUUUAAAACACUGCAUGAUCUUGUAGACAAAGGUGUCAAGGUAGAAUUGGGGAUUCCAUAUGAAUUAUGGGAUAAGCCUUCAGUAGAAAUAACUACUUUAAAAACCCAAUGUGAAGUUUUACUAGAGAAUCAUGAAGCUGAUAUUGAGGACUGGUAUCAUAACUAUCAAGGAAAGGUUUCUUUAAUUAGAUAUUUAUGUUCUGAACGUGCAUUGAAAGAGCAAAAUGAUUCUUGCUUGUACGAAAAAGGCGACACUGGGAAAGAUUUAAAGAAACAAGAGAAAAAAAUAAAAAAGAUAUCAAGUAAGAAAGAAAAUUUGAAGGAUAUUCAAUAUAAAUAUUCAAAACAAGAAUUAUAAAACUAAGUGAACAAACUUUAAGAAUAAACAUUGCUUAUUAAUAAACAAAAUGUGAUUCUACAUUCAGUAGAGUAAUACAACAUAAUUAAUAUAAAAUACUGUACUAUAUAAAGAUAAGCUGUAAAUAUGUCUAUAUAUGUGCCAUAUUAUAUUGUAAGGAAUUUUAUAAUAAAUUUUCUUUAUAUAAUGAAA